GUGCCUUUGCUUCACAGCUAAGGCUCCCACAGCUUCUGGAUCCUCAAAGCUGCAGGCAGGGUUUGGCAGAAACCGCUGACUCAAGUGCUAACUGGUUGCAGAACAGCAAAAAGACAUGCAAACUUCUGCUAAGGCAUCAUGAUCCAGUCAUAUCACUCAACUUGCUGAGAUCUUUUCUGAUACUAUGGAAGCAACUAGAAAUAUUAAAGGCAGAAUGGGGCCGGCUCAAGCUGAGGACUGAAGAUAUCAAUACAGUUCCUCUCUACAAAGAGUUUUGUGAGCAAUAUGGCACAGAUAUCCUGUACCCAGCCAUGAAAGCCAUAGUCAGACAAAUGCGCACAAAGGAGGAGUUUGGAGAGCCCGUUACAAGCACUCAGCAUGUACUCCUCCCCAGAGGAGCACCAGAAAUCAAAAUGAAAGUGUACCAGAAGCAUCUGGAAAGCCUAGAAAUCCACAUGAUCCAUAUUGUGCAGAAGAAAAUUAACCAGGAGAUGACUCUAGUGACACCUGAAAGAGCCAGACAAGAGAGCAGUCUCCCCACUGAGCUCUGGAAACACAGGGUAAUGCAAGAAAAUUUCUCAGUUGUACGACCACAGAUAGUUGAAACAUUUGUUCAAAGGCUGAUGGAAAACUACCAAGAGUCAGAUACAGAGGUUACUUUUAAAAAAAGCCAUUUACAACAGUGUCUCACCAUACUGGGCUGUGACAUCAUGGCCAGAGAGCGCAGCAACUUUGAGACCUACUCCAUGUUUUAUGAAAAUAUUCUCCAGCAGCAGCAUCGUUUACUUUACCAAAAAGAACAAGAGCUGCACACAGUGGCAGAAGGUGGCAACCGAAGCGAUACAGCUCUGCCGCAGAUUGUGGGGCUGUGCCAUGGGAUGAUUAUGGAGAUAACUGCUCUCAGAGCCCAGCUCGCUGACUUAGAGGAAGAAAAUCUUGGUCUCAAAGAGAAGACUAGAAAAGAAGUACGGGAUGAAUAUGAAUCGUUAGUGCGGAACCUCUUUGUGACUUGUGUCCAUCUAAAAGGAAAGUUGGAUGUCUAUCGCCUUAGCAUUGAGCAAGGAGUGUUUGAAAUCAUCGGUGAAGUGAGAAGAGAAGGCGUUGACAAUAUGAUUGAUCUGAAGAAAAAGCUUGGCUCCACUAAAAAUAAUGGUGACUUGAAAGAACAUUUGUCUAAAGAACAGCUGCAGCUCUUGCGGGAUGAAAAUAUCAGGCUAAGCAAGCUGGUGUGUAAGCUAAAGGCUCUGAACUGCUGGAAGGAAACCGCUCAGAAGGCACAGCUCUCUGCAAAGCUUAGAGAUGCUGAGAAGGAAGCUCUUCAAAACAAAAAAGAGUGUCUGAAUGCUAAGAUGAUGGCAGAACAAGAGGUGGCUUUGUGACAGGGGCAGCUCCUGUCUGUAAGGAAAGCUCUUGCAAAAUCUCAAGCAGACAGUGACAAGCUAAAGAAACAGCUACAUGAACAGGUAUGUGAAUUCAACAGGUCCUGAGUCAUCUGUGCAACAAGCUGAAUUCUCCUCUCCAACUCACUUGCUUUAAUGAGGAUUUUGCCUAUUGUUAUUCUAGGAGACAAAUGGAUUAAAAACUCACUAACUGCAUAAUACAGUUACUGAAGCUGGAUAUGUAUUCUGAGUGUCUUCACCAUUGGAGGUAGAGAGAACUAGAGAAAAAACUGUAGCGUCUUCAAUAAAGUUUGAAUCAUGUACCAAAAUGACAGCUACAGGUACUACAUGUAUGUAUGCCAUCAACAGUGCUGGAUGUAUGUUUUAGUAGAGGAAAAGACUCUAAUUAAUAUUUUAUUCCACAGAUUAAAAAAAAAAAAAUACACGUCUUGAGGUUAUUAUUCUUCCAGCCAAUCAUUAAAUUUCAAGGAAAUAUUCAGGCGUGUUGUCAUUAUAUCCAGAACAAAUUAAUUACAAUUUUUUUUUUCAUCUGAACACCUUCAUGGAUAUAUCACUGCCACAGCAAGCUGCCUUUCACUUCUACACAUGGCUACACAGGCUGAAAUGGCCCACUCCUCAAAGUCAAGCACACCCUUCAUUUGCAAUAUACUUAAUGCCAAGCAACAUUACUGUAUGGAAAAUAAGUCUUGUCA